AUGGAGAUGUCGCCUCUCCUGAAGCUCGUCUCAAUCACUCUACUACUAAUACCGUGGUUUCCUCAUGCCAUGGCAGCGACAUCCCUCCUGGAAGAACAAGCAGAGGUCCUCCUUGCCUGGAAAGCCACACUCCAAAGCCAUCCAAGCCAGCUACAAUCCUGGGGAAGUGCAAACAACACUGCGCGGCCGUGCAGCUGGCAUGGCAUCAGGUGCAGCAAGCAUCGAGCAAGGCGCCAGGAGGUGAUCACCGAGAUCUCGCUACCCGGGUUGGGGCUCGGAGGGGAGCUCAACAACCUCAACUUCACUGUGCUGCGUACUCUGAUGAGCAUCCAACUCUCCAACAAUAAGAUAAGGGGCUCCUUUCCACCUGCUUUAGCAUCAUCCUUACCAAACCUGAGACACCUAAUGCUCCAAGAGAAUGAGCUUUCCGGUGAAAUACCAAGCCAAAUAAAACUACUAGAGAGUCUGGUUGUGUUGGAUUUCUCAGCCAACCACUUGUCUGGCCCCAUCCCCACUGAACUAGGCUACCUAAAGAAGCUGGCUAGGAUAGAUUUUUCCAACAACAGCCUCACUGGUCCUAUUCCAAGAAAUCUAGGGAAAUCAACUAGUAUCACAAUCUUGUACCUUGGUGGUAAUCGGUUAUCCGGAUACAUCCCUCAAGAACUAGGUUACCUGUUGUGUUUAAAUCAGUUGUCUCUUUGGAAAAACAAAUUAAUUGGUUCCAUCCCCAAUUCCUUUGGGAGAUUGAUUAACCUCAAAGGCUUGUACCUAUGGGGUAACCAACUUUCCGGACGUAUUCCUCAAGAACUUGGUUUCCUAGUAAAUUUAGAAGAGUUGGAUCUUAGCAGCAACCAACUGACGGGUUCCAUCCCCAGUACAUUUGGAAGUUUGUCAAAGCUCACUAUGUUGCACCUUUUUGGUAAUAAAUUAUCUGGAUAUCUUCCUCGAGAACUAAGAAACCUGUCAAAUCUUGAAUAUUUGGAACUUAACAACAACCAACUCAUGGGUUUCAUCCCCCAUAUCUUUGUAAAUUUGACAAAGCUCUCUAUCUUGCGCCUUGAUGCUAACCACUUCUAUGGAUAUCUUCCUCGAGAACUAGGUUACAUGGUGAAUCUUGAUAACUUGGAUCUAAGCGAGAACAAACUCAUUGGUUCCAUCCCCAAUACAUUUGGAAGUUUAACUAAGCUCACUCGCUUGUACCUAUGGGGUAACCAACUUUCCGGAAGUAUUCCUCAAGAACUUGGUUUCCUAGUAAAUUUAGAAGAGUUGGAUCUUAGCAACAACCAACUCACGGGUUCCAUCCCCAGUACAUUUGGAAGUUUGUCAAAGCUCACUAUGUUGCACCUUUUUGGUAAUAAAUUAUCUGGAUAUCUUCCUCAAGAACUAGGCAACCUGUCAAAUCUUGAAUAUUUGGAUCUUAACAACAACCAACUCAUGGGUUCCAUCCCCCAUAUCUUUGUAAAUUUGACAAAGCUCUCUAUCUUGCACCUUGAUGCUAACCACUUCUAUGGAUAUAUUCCUCGAGAACUAGGUUACAUGGUGAAUCUUGAUAACUUGGGUCUAAGCGACAACAAUCUCAUGGGAUCCAUUCCCAAUACCUUUGGAAGUUUGGCUAAGCUCACUGGCUUGCACCUUGAUGGUAAUCAGUUAACCGGACAUAUUCCUCGAGAACUAGGUUACCUGGUGGAUUUAGAAGAAUUGGCUCUUAGCAAUAACAAGCUCACUGGUUCCAUCCCUGAUGUCAUUGGAAAGUUGACUAAGCUCAGAAAAUUGCGUCUCGGUGAAAAUAAUUUCUCCGGACAAAUUCCUCAAGAAAUCGGUACCUUUAUGAAUCUUGUGGUCCUGCAACUUGGCGCAAACAAUUUCUCUGGUCCCUUGCCACCUGAGUUGUGUGCUGGAGGCCUUCUCCAGAAUUUAACUGCAUUUGAUAACAAUCUGAAUGGACAAUUGCCAUCAAGUUUGGGAAACUGCAAAAGCCUAGUUCGAGUUCGUCUUGAAAGGAAUCAAAUAGAAGGUGAUAUCUCUGAGUUGGGAGUUCAUCCUAAUCUUGUUUAUAUGGACAUGAAUUCAAAUAAACUAUUUGGUCAAUUGUCUUAUCACUGGGGAGGAUGUCAUAAUCUUACCAAGCUGGGCAUAUCAAACAACAACAUCACAGGGAAAAUACCUGCAAGUAUGGGGAGGCUAUCUCAGCUAAAUGUACUUGAUCUCUCCUCAAACAGUCUCGAAGGAGAGCUUCCUAGAGAACUAGGCAAUUUAGAACGAUUAUUCCAGCUGCAUCUUGCAGAUAAUUUGUUCCAUGGAAGCAUACCACAAGAAUUUGGAGCAUUGUCCAAUCUAGAGUCGUUGGAUUUAUCAUCAAAUAACCUUAGUGGUUUGGUACAAGGAUCAAUUGAGAAUUGUUUGAAGCUCCGCUCAUUGAAUUUGAGUCACAAUAAUUUUAAAGGAAACAUCCCUGUAGUGCUUGGGGUGUUGAAAAACUUACAUGACAUGUUGGAUUUAAGUGAUAAUUCAUUUACUGGGAAAAUACCUAGCCAACUUAGUGGUCUGAUAAUGCUGGAUAAUUUGAAUCUUUCACACAAUGAACUUUAUGGUGUAAUCCCAUCACCAUUUCAGAGUAUGAAAAGCUUGACAUCCAUUGAUUUGUCUUACAAUGAAUUGGAAGGACCAGUCCCAGAGAGUAAGCUCUUCAAAGGAGCUCCAGUUCAGUGGUUCAUCCAUAAUAAGAUGCUAUGUGGCAUAGUGGAAGGAUUGCCUCCUUGCAAUAACACAACUUGGAGUGGAGGGAAAAGGAAACGGUACAAAACACUUGUACUAGCCAUGAUUACUCCUCUAGUAUCUCUUAUUCUUGUUGCGGUGACGUUGAUGUUCACAAAUGCAAGGAAGAAAUCCAUGAAAAUUAAAGAGGAUAUAGUAACACCCAAAAAAGUAUUCUCUAUUUGGAAUUUUGAUGGGGAGGAUGUAUUCAAACAGAUAGUUGAAGCAACCAAUGAUUUUAGUGAAACACAUUGCAUAGGGACUGGGGGAUAUGGAUCUGUCUAUAAAGCCAAACUUGCAACAUCUGAAAUAUUUGCAGUGAAGAAGAUACACAUGAUUGAAGAUAACUAUUGUGUGAACGAGUUGGUAUUCAAUAGUGAAAUCGAGGCAUUGGUGCAGACUCGGCAUAGAAACAUCGUAAAACUAUAUGGAUAUUGUUCCUCUAGCCAAGGCAAAUAUCUUAUCUAUGAAUAUAUGGAGAGGGGAAACUUGGCAGAAACACUAAGGAACAAUGAAAGGGCAAUUGAAUUGGACUGGAGAAGGCGGAUAAAUAUUGCACUAGAUGUUGUUCAUGCUUUGGCAUACAUGCAUCAUGAUUGUUCAUUACCAAUAGUCCACAGAGAUAUAACAAGCAACAACAUUUUACUUGAUCUGGAAUUUAGGGCUUGCAUCUCCGACUUCGGUAUGGCUAAAAUUCUCAAUAUUGAUGGUCGAAAUCUCACAAGUCUUGUUGGGACGAAAGGCUAUAUUGCCCCAGAGCUAUCAUAUACAGAGAAUGUGACGGAGAAAUGUGAUGUAUACAGCUUCGGAGUUCUUGUUCUAGAGCUAUUUAUGGGAUGCCAUCCAGGAGAUUUUCUCUUUUCUCUCUUGUCAUCCACCAAAAAUAAUGAUGUGUGCUUGCAAGAUGUGUUAGACUCAAGGCUCAUUGUCCCUAAUGCUGAAACUGCUAGGGAAAUAUACUACAUCCUCAGUGUUGCAGCUCGGUGUCUUGAGCCUAACCCAUCAAGCAGACAAACAUCACGACGUGCUAGUGACGAGCUAUCUGUGAUUAAAGUAUGUGAAGAUCAUGUUGAUUAUAUGCAUAUUGGCCUCAGAAUUCCUGCAAAACAGUGCCUAUGA